CGGCGUCAGCCAACAGCGUGAGUGAGUGCGCGUCGAACGGGAACGUUUCCCGUUCGCUGUCUCUCGAGUGGUAUAUUUGUACGUGUGUGUGUGUAUGUGUCUACGUGUGUUUGUGUGUGUGUGAAUGCCGAAAGACGAGCUCAAAAGGCCGACGGUUAAUGCUAAAGAGUCGCUCUGCCAAAUAAUUCACGUGCCCAAUUAGUUAGUUUUGAGGAACCGCACGCGCUUUAUAUUUAUUGCUGUUUUUUCAACAAAUUUUCGUAAUUUAUCCCAUAACUUAUCGAUAGUCGUGAAUUGUGUGUGUGUUUUUGUUGUGCGUGGCAUGGCUACAACAACAGCGACAUCAGCAGCUCCAACAAGGACCUCCACGAACAGCAGCACAUCGCUUGCCGUCAAUUAUCCAACUGCCACGCCCACCUGUACAGUAGUCACAACAUCAUCAGCAGCAGCAGCAGCCGCAGCCGCAGCAGCUGCAGUCAUGCCCACUGUAGGCGUAGCCACAGGUUUGCCCGUGGGCCUGGCUGCCGUGCCCAUGCCACCCCAUCUGCACCAGUUGCUGGGUGGCUUGGACAGCAGUGCAGCCAAAAGCGGUGCACAGCCGACGGCAACAACGAGUCCAACAAAUCUAACAGCCGCCGCUUCACCCACACCACCCACAGCGCUUACGCACAAUCACUGCCCCUCGGCAGCGUCCUCCCUCUUUGGCAAUGGAGCUCAGGGCUCGGCGGCGGCAACAAAUCUCAGCGCUCUGGCGUCCCAGCAUCGACUUUUGGAGCUAUCACGUUUUGGACUGCGUGGCUAUGAUUUGGCGCAACAUAUGCUGUCGCAACAGGGAGCGGUAUCCAAGCUGCUGGGCACACUGCGUCCACCUGGACUGAUUGGCGGCUCGAAGCCAAAGGUGGCCACGCCAACCGUUGUCUCCAAGAUAGAGCAAUACAAACGCGAGAACCCAACGAUAUUCGCGUGGGAAAUACGCGAGAGACUGAUUAGCGAAGGUGUUUGCACGAAUGCCACGGCUCCAUCUGUGAGCAGCAUCAAUCGCAUCCUGCGCAAUCGUGCCGCCGAGCGAGCCGCCGCGGAAUUUGCUCGGGCCGCCAGCUAUGGCUACGCUUUGCAUCCAACGCAUCCGCAUCCACAUCCCUACACAAGUUUUCCCACCUGGCCGGCUAGUCUGCCCGGCCAUCAUCCACUUUGGGGCACUGUGCCGAUGGCCGCGAGUAGCUCGUUGCCACCGGGUAGCAGCUUUAACAACAACAACAAUAGCAACAACAACAGCGACGGCAACUCCAAUUCAAAUAUUAACAACAACAACAACAACAACAACUGUACGAGUGCCUGCGGCGGCAGCAGCGCUGGCAGCGGACGUUUUUCCUUGCCAGCUUUAUCGCCAGAGUCGGGCAGCCGGGACAGCUGCCAUUCGCCGGAUGUGGAUGCGAAUCAAAUGAUAGAUAUUGAGGGUGAGGACAGCGACACGGAGGACAGUGAUCAGCCCAAAUUUCGACGCAAUCGCACAACAUUCAGUCCGGAGCAGCUGGACGAGCUGGAGAAGGAGUUCGACAAGAGUCAUUAUCCGUGCGUUGGGACGCGGGAGAAGCUAGCAUCGCGCACAAUGCUCAGCGAGGCGCGGGUGCAGGUUUGGUUUUCCAACAGACGAGCGAAAUGGCGACGCCACCAACGGGUCAAUCAGCUGAAGCAACGCGACUCGGCAUCGGAGUCACAGACGCCAGCAGGAGCUACUACUACAGUUCCGCUGGAGUUGAGCACCUCAGCCACCGGCAGCACCAACAGAAGCCCUAUGGCCCAAGGCCACCAUCUCCGUACCAUGGCCAUGGUCAUGUCCGAUCCCAGUCCCGUGCCAGUGAUAGCAACAACAACAGCAACAGCGCCGCCUGCCUCAAUCACAGCAUCAGUUCCAUUAUUAAUGGGCGGUGAGCGUAGCGCCUUUCAUGCGACCAUGCCCUCCGUCUCCGCCUCUGCCUCAGCGGCCGCUUUUGCGCUCAACUUUGCUCGGCAAUAUCUGUGGCGACACAUGGCCGUGCCACAAAACGAGGAGAACUAUGCUGAUGCCAAAACGGAGCUGGAUGUGGAUGAGAUCAAUGUGGAUGCGGAGGAUCCAGAAACGGAAUCGGAGGCUAACUAAAAACAGUGCAAUCAACAAAUGCUGUAUUUCCAGUAGCUACACUUGCAAAAAUGAAUGUGCCCUCAAAUCUAGAAAAAUCACUUCCCAUUUCUAAAUUGACUCUCUACAAAUUUUUGUUUAGAUUUUUGUUUUUUUUUUGAUUUUUGCAAACAUUUUUACAAUAUUUACUUUCGAAAACUUUCUUUCUGAAUUUAAGAAAUAUUCAUUUCGAAUUCCAGGGCGAUUUUCUAGCUUCUAUGGCAUAUUUUCCAAGUGUAGCUUUAAAUCCUAUAGCUAGAAAAUAUCUUAAAGAAAAGAAAAGAAAAACUAUAUAAAAUGUGCAAGUUUUGUGAAUUUGUCAAUUUUUCCUAUCGCUUUAAAUCCAGAAUUUAGUGCAAUUUUUACUUACUUAAUUUAUGCAGUUUCUAACUAAAACUAAACACGUGCUGAGUACAAAUAAAGAAUGAAUCUAUAUACAUA